CCCGCACACUCCUCCCCCUCCGCCGACCUUACCUGCGCCGCCGCCCGGGCCCCGCCCCGCGACCUCCUUCCUCCGGCGCCCCCGCUCCCACCGUCCCCACCCCACCACCACCAGCCAUCUGCCCGGCAGCCGGCGGAAAUCGGUCCUCCCCUGCCCCGCCUUCUUCUCCCGCCCGCUGGCGCCGCACAGGCAGUGGCCCGUCCAACCUACUACCUUCGGUGGCAAGCCCCGCCCAGCAACCACUGGAUCUGGUGGGAUCCGGCUGCACCUCCCCUCGUCUCCCGCUCCUCAAUGUCUCCGCCGCCACACGGGUCUCGGCCGCCCACCCUCCCCAUGCCGCCCCGCCGGACGGCCGGAGUAGCACCGGAGGCGAGCCGCCCCUCCUCUCUCUCCUUUCCUUCUUCCUCCUCCUUACCCCUCCUCAUACACUUCUUCCGCAGGAACUGCCAUGGCCAUCUCAAGCUCGCCCGUCGCCGCAGCUCUGGAUUCGGCCGCCGUCUGCCAGAUCCGCUCCAGCAUGCAGUUCGCCUGGGUAACUCGAUGAGUGCGGAUGGGUGCUUUGUUGCAGUAUGGCCCCCGACGGCGUGCAGUACGUCAGUCACGUUGGUGCAGCUCGCUGGCGUGCGUGCAGUCCGUCGAGGUCCCAUCCUCCUUCCCUGCGCGAGCACUACCGGCAAGGCAUCACCAGUGCCCCUGUCCACUUCCAUGGUGAGCUCUGUCGUGCGUGGGACUCUGGUGAUCUGGCACGACCACCCCGACGAGCGGCUUUGGUCACUUGUUCUCCAGACAGUAGUCAACCAUUAUUCUCCGUACCGCUUUGGUCACUCAGUGCAUCAGCUCCAGUCAGAAGGCGAGGAGUGGAUUAUGAGUGUCGACUGACCCUGCAGAAUGUAACAACACCCAUCAUGAUGUUAUAAUAGUCGCUCAUAGCUCGCUACAGGAAUUUUGCACAUGGAUACAGGCAUCAACUGGCGGUUACUACUCUUAGACACACAAACGGAUGUACAUAUUUCAGAAAAACCUUUUCUAAACUUGUCUGCACUUUCACUCUCCUUGGCACAGAAACAACAAAGAUGAGCACGGGCCAAAGCCGGUCAGGGGGUGGCUGGACCACCGGGAGGAUGCCCCGGUUAGCUGCUCGGCGCUACGAGGAGUACAUUGGAUGGACGGGCGUGUUGAUCGCCGAGCAUUGUACAGCCAACUGUUCUGUUUCUUACUAGUUUUGAUUCAGUUUCAUCGCUAGCUAGCUCUACACUGGACAGAGACACACAUUCAGGCCACAUCUCCCAUGUAGUACAACCUUACUGACUUGCAAACAAGCAAGAUUUCCACAGCGGUCGGCGGAUGGAUGGGUUUGUGCGUUUUAUAGUCAGUUGACGGAUAUUCAGUUUAUUUUAUUUUUUAUUGUGCCCGUGGAGAUGUAUGCAUAUAUGUAUCCAUCCCAGAGUGUGGUCCGGCUACCCUGCCGAUGAGUUGACACCAUGGACAAAGCUCCCUUCUCCUGUUAGUUCGUCCAGCACAUCAAGUGUGAUUUCAUUCAGUUCAUGGGCUCCCCCUUGCGACAAGGACAAACACUCAAGACAAAGUUUUGCAUUUUUGUAGAAGUUCAUUUUGCCAUGUGUAGUUGUUUAUGUUUCUCGCGCGUGCAGUACAUUGUGUUUUGUAAAAACAUGAGGGAUUACUUGUAAAACAUGUUGCAAAUUCUUGUACUUUUGGCGGUCAAUUCAAUGCGAUGUAGUGCGGUGUGAUGCAGUGUACUGCAUUGUGUUUUGUAAAAAUUAAUGCAGUGCAUUAGCAUUGACUAUGCAAUUGAGAAUCGUUUCUCAAAACAUUAUGGGGUUCACUAGCCUCGGCCGUUUAGU